CUGCAGGUUGUUUGUUCCGUAUUUACUGCAGAUUGACAAACCACUACGACCUUGACAUUCUGACCGGGCGUGCGCACGCGGAGGCGUGUCCACGGACUCAAUGGGAAGAUAAAAUGCGAGCGCACCUUUACUCGUCCCCGCUUCCCCUUUCGAACAAGUGGACAGACAGAGGCUAUACAAGAACGAGGACUAUACCAUAUCAGGCAAAAUGGUGAAGAUUGGGAUCAAUGGAUUUGGGCGUAUUGGGCGUCUGGUGACCCGUGCCGCUGCCAAGGGCGGCAAGGUUGAGGUCGUCGCCAUCAAUGACCCCUUCAUUGACCUGGACUACAUGGUCUACAUGUUCAAGUAUGACUCCACCCACGGUGUUUGGAAGGACAGCGAAGUGAAGCAGGAAGGUGGAAAGUUGAUCAUUGGCAAUCUGCACAUCACAGUUUUCCAUGAGAGGGACCCCACCGCCAUCAAGUGGGGCGAGGCUGGCGCGGACUACGUCGUCGAGUCGACUGGUGUGUUCACCACCAUCGAGAAGGCCUCUGCUCAUCUGCAGGGAGGUGCCAAGAGGGUCAUCAUCUCCGCCCCCAGCGCCGACGCACCCAUGUUCGUGAUGGGCGUCAACCACGAGAAGUACGACAACUCCCUGAAGGUUGUCAGCAACGCCUCCUGCACAACUAACUGCCUGGCUCCCAUCGCCAAGGUUAUCAACGACAACUUUGGCAUCGUUGAGGGUCUCAUGAGCACAGUUCACGCCGUCACAGCCACACAGAAGACCGUUGACGGGCCCUCCGGUAAGCUGUGGAGAGAUGGACGUGGUGCCAGCCAGAACAUUAUCCCCGCAUCCACCGGCGCCGCCAAGGCCGUGAGCAAGGUUAUCCCCGAGCUGAAUGGCAAGCUAACUGGCAUGGCCUUCCGUGUCCCCACUCCCAAUGUGUCCGUGGUUGACCUGACUGUCCGUCUUGAGAAGGCCGCGCCUUAUGACGAGAUCAAGAAGGUCAUCAAGGCUGCUGCUGAAGGACCCAUGAAGGGAAUUCUGGGAUACACAGAAGACCAGGUGGUGUCCACAGACUUCAACGGCGACUGCCGCUCCUCAAUCUUUGACGCCGGCGCAGGCAUUGCCCUCAACGACCACUUUGUCAAGCUGGUCUCAUGGUACGACAAUGAGUUUGGCUACAGCAACCGUGUUGUUGACCUGUGUCUGCACAUGGCCUCCAAGGAGUAAAGUUUCCACACCACACUUCCAACCAAUCACGACCUCUUCCUUCUCCUGAACGGACACCCCACCAGUCCGCUGCCAGAGAGCCUGUAGUGAACUCAACUCAAUGGGAACAUUUUUAUAAGUCACACCUCUGUUCUGUUCAGUGAGGAUUGAGUAUUUUUGCAUGCAGAAUAUUUCUGUUUACUACACUGGCUUAAUUUGCACUCCUUCACAAUAAAAGUCCUGUUAUUGAACAAUCA